UAACUCCUUGACGGCUCCGGCAUCCAUUGCCGAAAGAAAAUCAGAAAAUCAUAAUUUUUGACUUCGUGAGGUGUAUGUGAAUAAAAAAUGUCGAUUUUAGCUAGUCCCCUUUCUGUUGCCGGAACCAGAACUUCUGGAACGUCAGUUCGCACACAAAAUGUGAUGGCUGCAGCUUCCAUUGCUAACAUAGUAAAAAGUUCACUUGGACCUGUGGGUUUAGAUAAAAUGUUGGUUGAUGAUAUUGGCGAUGUUACAGUCACCAAUGAUGGUGCUACUAUAUUGAAAUUAUUAGAAGUUGAACAUCCUGCUGCUAAGAUUCUAGUUGAAUUAGCCCAACUUCAAGAUGAGGAAGUUGGUGAUGGAACUACCUCUGUUGUUAUAUUAGCUGCAGAACUGUUGAAGAGUGCUGAAGAGUUGGAUAAGCAAAAGAUUCAUCCCACCUCAACAAUCAGUGGUUACAGAUUAGCUUGUAAAGAAGCUUGCAGAUAUAUUCAAGAGCAUCUCACUAUUCCAGUAGAAGAACUUGGUAAAGAAUCAAUAAUUAAUAUUGCAAAGACAUCUAUGAGUUCAAAGAUCAUUGGAGCUGAUGCUGAUCUGUUCUCUAGUAUGGUAGUUGAUGCAGCACAUGCAAUCAAAAUUACUGAUGCUAAGGGUAAUCCGAUGUACCCUAUUAAAGCCAUCAACAUUUUAAAGGCACAUGGUAAAAGUGCUAAAGAAAGUGUUUUAGUUCAAGGCUAUGCUUUGAAUUGUACUGUAGCUAGUCAAGCUAUGCCCAAAAAAAUUACAAAUGCGAAAAUCGCUUGCUUGGACUUCAGUUUACAGAAAACAAAGAUGAAAAUGGGGGUUGAGGUUCUUAUUACUGAUCCAACCCAGUUGGAAGCUGUGAGAGCUAGGGAAUUUGAUAUUACAAAAGAACGAAUCCAAAAGAUUUUGUCAACUGGAGUUAAUGUGAUCUUAUGCUCUGGUGGAAUUGACGACUUAUGUUUGAAAUAUUUUGUUGAACACAAUGCAAUGGGAGUAAGAAGAGUAAAAAAAGCAGAUUUGAGAAGGAUUGCCAAGGCUACAGGGGCUACUUUCAUAACAUCGCUAACCAAUAUGGAAGGUGAAGAGGUAUUUGAUGCUAGCAUGAUGGGUGAGGCUGCUGAAGUAGUCCAAGAAAGAAUCUCAGAUGAUGAAUUAAUACUCAUCAAAGGGCCAAAAGCCCGCACUGCCGCUUCUAUUAUACUGCGCGGUCCCAAUGACUUCUACUGUGACGAAAUGGAACGAUCUGUACAUGAUGCUCUAUGUGUAGUAAAAAGGGUGCUUGAAUCAAAGAGUGUUGUAACUGGAGGAGGUUCAGUUGAAGCAGCUCUGUCCCUCUAUUUGGAGAACUUUGCAACCACCUUGAGUUCUAGGGAACAACUGGCAAUUGCUGAAUUCGCCAAGAGCUUGUUAGUUAUACCAAAAACGUUGGCAGUAAAUGCAGCACUUGAUGCUACAGAUCUUGUGGCAAAAUUGAGAGCAUAUCAUAAUUCAAGCCAAACCAAAGCAGAUCAUGCACACCUGAAGUUUGUUGGCUUAGAUUUGAUUGAAGGAACAAUCAAAGAUAACAAGAAAGCAGGUGUUCUUGAACCCACAGUAUCAAAGGUGAAGUCUUUGAAAUUUGCGACUGAGGCAGCGAUAACCAUAUUGAGAAUCGAUGAUAUGAUCAAGUUGGACCCUGAAAGGAAGCCUGGAAAAGAUUACAGAAGUGCAAUGGAGAGUGGCGAAUUAUAUGAUUAAAAGAGUUUUUCUUAUCUUUUUAUUUAAUAUGCUUCAGUAUUUGUAUGAAUUUUCAAUGAAUAAUUGACAAAACUUUGUACUAACAUCACUAGAUGUUUUACGACUUAUUAAUUUUUUCAGUCAAAUAAAGAUUGCUGGUAAUCCAAGCACAUAACAUCUA